CUUGGUAUUUAACCACCACACCCAUCUCGCUCCUCAUAGCUGGGACUCUGCUGUGCAUACUCGUCACACUGCUCACAUAGGAAGUCAAAGAUGGCACUAGUGGCUGAGUUCCUAGGUCAAAUCACAUUCAAUUUGGGGGCCAAUGAGCCCACCUACCCCACUGUGGUUCCUGCACCUGAUUUCGAUCCUGACAAAGAUGCUGCCAGAAUAGAGACCGCUAUCAAAACAAAAGGUGUAGAUGAACAGACCAUUAUUCAGAUCCUGACCAAACGGACGUAUGGCCAAAGACGAGAAAUUGCCUUUGCAUAUGAGAGGCGAGCCAAAAAGGAUAUGAUUUCUGCCCUGAAGGGGGCACUGUCUGGCUCACUAGAGACCGUCAUUUUGGGACUAAUGAAGAGCACUGCUCAGUAUGAUGCCUCUGAGAUCAAAGCUUCUAUAAAGGGUUUGGGGACAGAUGAGGAGAGCCUGAUAGAGAUCCUCUGUUCUCGAAGCAACGCUGAGCUGCUGGAGAUUAAGCAAGUCUACAAAGAAUUGUUCAAGAAGGACCUUGAAAAGGAUGUGGCUGGAGACACAUCAGGAGACUUUGCUAAGCUGCUGCUGGCCCUUGUGGAGGCCAAGAGGGCUGAGCCAAGCAGUGUUGUUGACUAUGAGAAAAUUGAUGAAGAUGCCAGAGCACUGUAUGAAGCUGGGGUGAAGCGGAAAGGCACUGAUGUCAAGACCUGGAUUGCCAUCAUGUCAGAGAGAAGUGUCCCUCAUCUGCAAAAAGUAUUUGAUAGAUACAAGAGCUACAGCCCAUAUGACAUGCAGGAGAGCAUCAGGAAGGAGGUGAAAGGAGACCUGGAGAAGUCUUUCCUCACCUUGGUUCAGUGCUUUGAAAACAAACAGCUAUACUUUGCCAACAGACUCAAUGAUGCCAUGAAGAGUAAAGGAGCGAAGGAGAAAGUAGUGACAAGGAUCAUGGUUUCCCGCUGCGAGGUAGACCUUAAGAAGAUCAGGUCUGAAUUCAAGGCCCAGUAUGGGAAGUCUCUGUACCAGACCAUUGCUGAGCACACCAAAGGAGACUAUCAGACGGCCCUACUGAGUCUGUGUGGUGGAGAUGAUUAAAGUGGGCUGGGUCACUCUUGUUCCAGUAGUCUCGGAUUCCAUGAGCCUCAGGGGUGAAGCCCAGGACUCCAAUCUGUCUCUUAAACUGGACACACAGGAUUGCAGUCAUGUCAAGAUAUCAUCUAGACAAAAUCUCUGUGUUCCAUUAUGUGCUUUUAUUUACAUUUUUGAAGUAAUGAUGUUUUACUGAUCAGACCCAUGUUAAUAAGCUUAUCUGAAUUAGCAUUGUACACACAGGACCAUAAAUAAAGAGACAAGACUUUUUAAAUUGG